AAACCCUGAUAUUAGGGUUUAAUAUUAUCCGGACAACAACCCAAAAUACGUCUUCUUUCUCUCUCCUCAGUUCACAAACCCCUCAAUCUCUCCCUCUUCCCAUGGAAUGAACAUCCAUUCCUUCAAUUCUCACCUCUCACCUCCGAAACUCUCUUCCAUGGCCUUCUCAGCCGCUGGAAGCCGCCUCUUCCGCUGCUAUAACCACCACUUAUGGCGCUCCCCUAGUUUCUCGAAGCUUCGGCCUUUCUCGGAGGUCCGUUUCUUCUCCGUCACAAACCCUCGGCGUCCGGCGAUUCGGGCGAAGCGGAGAGAGGCGAGAAUAGUGGCUGCUGUGAACGGGGAAGAUGGCAACGGCAGUGUUUCGCUGAAAGAUAGGGGUAUUAGUGGCGAGAGGAUUGUACCUACUGAGCUUCAUAAGGAAGCUACUGAGGCUUACAUGGCGUACGCCAUGUCGGUUUUGCUCGGCCGAGCUUUGCCUGAUGUUCGUGAUGGACUGAAGCCUGUUCACCGUAGAAUUUUAUUUGCAAUGCAUGAAUUGGGCCUUUCCUCCAGGAAACCUUUCAAAAAGUGUGCUAGAGUUGUUGGAGAGGUCUUGGGAAAAUUCCAUCCACAUGGAGAUGUUGCUGUUUAUGAGUCAUUGGUGCGCAUGGCACAGGAUUUCUCUUUAAGGAGUCCACUCAUUCAAGGACAUGGAAAUUUUGGUUCAAUUGACGCUGAUCCUCCUGCUGCAAUGCGAUACACAGAAUGUAGACUAGAAGCAUUAGCCGAAGCAAUGUUAUUGGCUGAUUUAGAGCUAGAUACUGUAGAUUUUGUUCCUAACUUUGAUAACUCACAGCAAGAACCAUCACUGCUUCCUUCUCGUAUACCAAACUUAUUGUUGAACGGUUCUUCUGGAAUUGCAGUAGGAAUGGCAACAAAUAUCCCCCCUCAUAAUCUUGGAGAGUUGGUUGACGCGCUGUCUGUCAUGAUUCAUAAUCCAGAAGCUACACUUCAGGAGUUGUUGGAAUCCAUGCCAGGACCUGACUUUCCAACGGGAGGUCUGAUAAUGGGUACUCUUGGAAUCCUUGAUGCAUAUCGGACUGGAAAGGGACGGAUUGUCAUCAGAGGAAAGACUGAGAUAGAACUGUCUGAUUCCAAGACAAAACGUACGGCUAUUAUUAUAAAAGAGAUUCCAUACCAGACAAACAAAGCCACCCUAGUUGAGAAGAUAGCUCAUCUUGUUGAAAAUAAGAGUUUAGAAGGAAUAAGUGACAUCCGUGAUGAGAGUGAUCGUUCUGGGAUGCGCGUAGUUAUUGAGUUGAAGCGGGGAGCUGAACCUCCGAUUGUUUUGAAUAACUUGUACCGUCUUACUGCGCUUCAGUCCAGCUUCAAUUGCAACAUGGUGGGGAUUCUUGAUGGACAACCAAAACAGAUGGGCUUGAUAGAGUUGCUUAAGGCAUUCCUCGACUUUAGGUGCUCAGUAAUUGAAAGGCGUGCUCGAUUUAAGCUUUCACAAGCACAAGCAAGAAGCCAUAUUGUGGAGGGUAUCAUUGUAGGGCUUGAUAAUUUAGAUGAAAUCAUUCAAGUAGUCAGGAAAGCGUCCAGCAAUGCAAUGGCAUCAACAGAUCUGAUGAACAAGUAUAGUUUGUCCCAGAAACAAGCUGAAGCUAUUUUGGAUAUUAAUCUAAGAAAGCUUACACUUCUUGAGAGAAACAAAUUUGUUGACGAGGGUAAGUCGCUGAUGGAACAAAUCUGUAGACUGGAAGAACUAUUGUCGAGCAAGAAACAAAUUCUUCAGUUAAUUGAACAAGAGGCUAUUGAACUGAAGAACAAGUUCGCAACUCCCAGGCGCUCCAUGCUGGAUGAUGAUGAAGGGGGUCAGGUGGAAGACAUUGAUGUUAUUCCCAAUGAAGAAGUGAUCUUGGCUAUCAGUGAAAAGGGUUAUGUUAAGAGAAUGAAACCCAACACCUUUGUUGCUCAAAAUCGUGGUACUAUAGGUAAAUCUGUUGGGAAAAUGCGGGUGAAUGACAUGAUGUCUGACUUCCUCGUCUGCCGUGCUCAUGAUCAUAUACUCUAUUUCAGUGACAAAGGUAUUGUGUACUCUGCCCGUGCGUAUAAAAUUCCAGAAUGUACUCGUACUGCUGCCGGCACACCAUUGAUACAGAUCUUGACUUUGUCAGAUGGUGAAAGAAUAACAUCCAUCAUCCCUGUAAGUGAGUUUGUCGAGGACCAAUUUCUGGUAAUGCUCACGGCCAAUGGGUACAUCAAAAAAGUGUCACUGAACUAUUUCUCAUCAAUCAGAUCAACAGGAAUAAUAGCUAUACAGUUGGUUCCUGGUGAUGAGUUGAAAUGGGUAAGGUGUUGCACAAACGACGACCUUGUUGCCAUGGCUUCCCAAAAUGGCUUGGUCAUUCUUAGCUCUGGUGACACGAUCCGAUCACUUCAAAGAAAUUCAAGAGGCCAAACUGCCAUGAGACUUAAAAAUGGGGAUAAGAUGGCAUGCGUGGAUAUCAUACCUGCAAGUCUGAGGAAAGAUCUGGACCAAGAAGUAGAUGAACAUGGUAUUUGGAAGAAAGGGACGAGAGGUCCAUGGCUACUUUUUGUUUCAGAAAGCGGCUAUGGGAAGCGGGUACCAUUGAGCAGCUUCCGCUUGUCACCCCUGAAUAGGGUUGGCUUGAUUGGGUAUAAAUUUGCAGCUGAAGACCGCUUAGCUGCUGUUUUUGCGGUAGGAUUUUCACGCUCAGUAGAAGAUGGAGAAAGUGAUGAAAAUAUCAUCUUGGUUAGCCAGAGCGGAACUAUCAACAGGAUCAAAGUUCGGGAUAUCUCCAUUCAAUCCCGCUUUGCCAGGGGCGUUAUUCUCAUGCGGCUUGAUCAUCUUGGGAAGAUUCAAUCAGCAUCUUUGAUUUCUUCAGCAGAAACGGAGCCUGAUGAAGAUGAAAUUAUUCAAUUGCUAGGUGAAGUUUCUGCAUAAGGGGUUUGAAGACUUUAAGCACUUGUGUAUCAUACAGAGAAACUAUCCAUUUUUUGUACCGGAUAUGUAUAUAAUUUAAGAACUGUGGUUUAAAUUCUCACUAGUAUAUAUCAUGUUACAUGUCACAUGUCAAUCUAGUGUUCUGAUCCUCGCCCUAUUUCAGUCUUAAUUUAUCAUAUUUUGCUUUUAUUGCAACACAA